UCUUUUUUUUUUUUUUUUUUUUUUUUUUUGUGUUGAGUCUCUCCUCCGUCCUUCUGCCCGCUCCUUGACGCCACCGCCGCCCCCCCCACUCGCUCGCAAUGAGUGGCUCGACUGCCAAGACCCGUGCACCGCGCGUUGCCCGCGAGGAGUCGCGCGACAGGCACUCCGCCAAAGAAAAGCAACGACGCAUCGAUCUGCGCGACGAGCUGAACGACCUGUGCCAAUGCGUGCCCGGAACGUACCGCGACCGGCUGUACUCGAUCAUCGAGAUCCUCACAUUUGCGGCAGACUUUAUCACGGAGCUGAAUCAGGAGAGCGUCGAGGUCAAGCUGAAGCUGGAGCAGCUGCGCGCAGAGCACCGUUCGCUGCGAAUGCGUCGCUUGCUCGCGCGUAAAACCCUUGGUCUGAGCACGACGAACGCCGACCACGAUCUCGAGCCACCACCGCCACCAGCAUUGCCGCCUUUUCCAGAAUGGCACGUUUACUACAAUCGUCCAUUCAUUGAACCUUCAGCCUCCAUCACAGCCACGUCGCAGAAGCAGCAGAAAGCCGGCGUGUUGACGAGCGCAGCAGCGUUGCAGCACGUUGGAGCCGGGUUUGAGGUGACAUUUUCGUCGCCACCAGCGCUGGCGGCGCAAACAGGCACCGCCACCUUCGUCCCAAAUCCCACUCUCGUUGGACCGAGUGGAGCUGCUGCUGCUCUUCCUCGAAAGAAGGGACGGCGCUCGAAGGCCCAAAUCGCCGCCGAUCAAGCCGCGGCGGCCGCCGAAGUCGCCGCGCGCUCAAAUGCAAAUGCAGCGGCCAUCAUUGCUGGAACUGCACCAGCACACAGCAGCAACAACAACACCAACCACAACCAUCAUGCGAAUGCUGGUCAUCACGCUUCGUCGUCUUUUAAUAAUUACCCUGGUUAUUUCCAACAACAGCACCCAGCCCCUUUCGCGGCAUCGCACUUUGCCAACGCUCCCGGGCAUUUCGUCACGCCCUACCCGAUGGACUCGUCGGCGGCUCUCAUGAACAUGAACAUGCUGCAACUUCCUUUGGGUGGCGCGUAUCCAGCAGCGGGUGGUGGUGGUGGAGCGUAUCCUGCUGGUGGCGCCGCUCAUUAUCCAUCCGCCGCGUCGCACGGACGCGCGACUGGUGGCAGCGGUCUGAUGCACCUUCCCGCAGCUGACGACCAUUUUGGGCUGCACGAUGACCGACACGUCUCUGCGCUGGGCGGUGGCUACUUUACAGUCCAGCCAACAAACGAUGACUUGCCGCCCACGCCUACCUCCGCAAGCCUACAUCGCCGCAAGUACAGCAUCAACACCUUGCUCAAGCAGCUGGACGACGACGACGAGGAUGCGCACUUUUUAUCGUCGCGAGGAGGACACGGCCCCGAUGGCCGACGUCUCUCUGCGAGCUUCCACCCGGGCUCGCUCGGGCAGCAUCCUGCCAAUCAUCACUCCAGCCUCGCCAACCACCACCAGCACCACCACCACCACCUGCCCGACGGUGGUCCUGUUUCUGCGGGGAGUGAUUUCAGCACUGGCGCAAACGGGCAUUCAGUCAACCAGCACCCUUCGCCCGAAUUGCUCGAGGCGCUCGUGCUGCCCGCUCACAACAAGCACGGAGGGCGAAGGUUGUCCUCGACGUUUGCUGUCGCCGACGACCAUCGACUGACCCACCUGCAAGCGUUGCUGGACAAGCAGAUUGCCCGCGAGAAGGCCGAGGAGCAGGGGUUGAGUCUCCCCGACGACGAAGAGGGCGAAGGCGAGGACGGUGCCGAUGACGCCGCGCUGGCCGGUCUGCUCAUGUCGCCCUUCCCUGGUGGAAAUAUGCGGUUUUCAAUCUCCCAAGACCCGGUGGACCAGUUGUUUUUCGCCGGGAAUACGCCCAAGUCACGCCGGGCAUCUCGCAACGGCUCCUUUUCCGCCAGCCACACCUCGAAGCGCACCGCAUCCUCUGCCUUUGAGGACGACCCUCCCCAUCACAGCUUUGCUCAGCCCCCAACGAGCAUAGGGAAGCCUCUGCGACGCGGCAGCCGCGAUGAGCACGGCACCAGCCAUGGGUCUUCUUCGUCCUCUUCUUCAGCUUCUGCUGCUGCUGACCCAAGCACGCUUCAUGCGUCCAAGCGUCACCGCAAGUCAGUUUCGUUCUCGCUUGAUAAUGACGACUUUCUGCCUGGACUAGACACUCCACCAGGCGGCCGUCGCAAGUCAUCCAUUUCGCAUGCAGGAGCGCAUCACACAAACAGUCACCAAUCACCCUACUCCCAGUCCCAUCCGCCGCACGUGGCACACUCUCUCGGUCACGGCUCCAGCAGUAGCAGUAGCACUAGCACUAGCAGUACAAGCAACCACAGCGCUGCUCCCAACCACUCGCUUGCUGCUGGCCAAGACGAUCACAUCUUUACCCAGCCAUUCCCUGCCAAACGAUCGCGCCUCAACAGCCUUCCGUCCUCGUACAUGCCCGAAGACAUGCUGUCAAACUACUUGUUCUGAGCUAUACUUGCUUUGAGCGGUCUUGUCGAUUUGUUGUGUUCAUUUUUUUCUUCUUUUUGUCUUUUGUUGCUUUUUGGUUUCUGUCUUUUGACGCCCAGUUUGAGCUUUCUGUUUUGUUGUUGUUGUUGUUGGUUUGCUUUCUUUCAUUGACGUGGUGCUUUUGGAGUCGAGUUUUUCUGCUCUUGUAAGCGG